GGACUUUCGCUGUUUAUCGGAGGAUUUUUUUGGAAAUAAAAGCCACGUCCGUGGGAGCAUACUCCAGAUUAUCCACCAUGAUGCCAUCCCGUCCGUGAAAUUUUAGAAGCAUGCAUACGACACGCAGCGCCUCGUCUGUCCCGCCGUGUUCUUCUGGUGAUGCUGUGGACCUCAGCCUGUUGGGCUCUCGGCUCUCCAUAUCCAAACGGCCCAGCAGCGCGUCUCCAGGGAAGCACUUCUCUCGGUCGGUGUCGGUGUCUGUGGCCGCUGAUGGCAGAGGGAAGCGCAACACGCUGAGCGACACCAACUCCGGGAGCUGCCGUUCCAUCAAGAACCUACGGCGAUCCAACAGCACCACUCAGGUCAACCAGCAGGCCAACCUUGGUUUAAGGUGAAGACGCACACAC